AUGCCAGCUGUUUCACCAAGCAGGCGACAGGUGCUUCGUCUGUACAAGCAACUCAUCAAGAAUGCUAAUCAGUUCAACGACUACAAUUUCAGGGAAUACUUUUUAAGAAGAGCUAGAAAUACUUUCAAGGAGAACAAAAGCGUACAGGAUGCGGCUAAACUGCAGUCGCUCUUUGCGGAGGGUCAGAGAGAUCUGGGUAUCCUGAAGAGACAAUCCAUCAUAUCGCAGAUGUACACCUUCGACAAGCUAGUGGUCGAGCCACUUCAUAAGCAUGGUUUCAAGCCAUCUACGUGA